AUCCAAACUCCCUGUCGAAUCUGAAGCUGUCUUGUGGCGAGCUGACCCGUUUAAAGUUUUGCUCCAUGUGAAGACGGUACCAGACCCGGAAGAAGAGGUAAGGAAGGAGAGCGGCUGCCAGCGAAACACAGGGGCAAACACAGGCAGAGCAGAGGAGAUGUGUCGCUUCAAGUGCGAGAUAUCUUGCCUACCGGCCGCACUAGUCAUCUGGUCAUCCACAGCCUUCAUUAUAUCAUUCAUCAUCGCUAUGAGCGACGGGCACGUUUCUCCGCUCGUACCAUUCAUUAGUGAUACCGGAGCAAACCCUCCAGAGAGUUGUGUGUUUGGAUUAAUGGUAAAUAUCUCCGCCUUUCUGGGUGCAUUCACCAUGUAUGUUCAAUACAAGAUGCUGCAAACACUAAAUGAGGAAAAUCCCAUCAUUUCUCCCUACUUUAAUCGUGCUGCACUUGUACUCGGUUUGCUGGGUAGUCUUGGGAUGUGCAUCGUGGCAAAUUUCCAGGAGACCGCUGUGAGAGUAGUCCACGACAUUGGUGCUUUGCUUACGUUUGGCAUGGGAACUCUCUAUCUCUUUCUUCAGACCUAUAUUUCCUUCAAAAUGCAGCAUCUAUGUAACAAUCGCUCAGCGUUUCUCGCUAGGACAGGACUGACGGCAGUGUCAGUGGUGGCCUUCAUCAUUAUGCUCAUCUGUUACUUCUUAAGCGGAACGUCAAGGUUCAAUUGGAAACCAGCGGACGAGGGUUAUGGCUGCCAUGUAGCCAGUGCAGUUUGUGAGUGGAUGGUCGGCUUCUCCUUUAACUUCUUCUUCAUGACCUUUAUUAAAGACUUUCAGAAAUUUUCUCUACAUAUUAAAACGGAGAUAAUUGAUUCUGAUGAUGAGUUAAGAAGGCCUAUUCUCCACAGCCUCCAACAUCAGUGACUUCUCUGAGACGGUCUGAAGAUGUGGCGUGACAGAGAGGAAUUGGCAUAGUUAUCAACGGUAUCUUUCUCGUAUUUUAAGAUGUUUUGCACUUCCAGACAUUCCACAUGGGCAAUAUUAGACUCCAGAAAUAGACACACUACUCUGGAUAAACAUGACCAGCCAGCUCCAGGAGGACACAGAAACAAUUUCAGGACCUUCUGUAAAUAUCAAAAAUAAACUAACAUCCACACCAGCUGGUGGGAGUUACUGGUCCAUGGCCACUGACCUCAUCAUAGAAGCAAAUAGGGAGGAUCUGAGAUCCAAGACUUUCUUCAACAGAAGCACCAGAAGCCUUACCUAACAGGAAAUGGAGCCUCUAGCAAUCCAAACAAAAGACUAACCUCAUUUGUCACAUGUACAUUAAAACAUAGAGUGAAAUGUGUUGUGUCAACGAGCAAUUCAGUUUGAGGGUGUAGGCCGUAAGUUGUGCCAACAUAGCAUGUCCACAACUCACUAACCCAGACAUCCCACCUCUCCCAGAAGUUCCGGGAGUCUCCCGCAUAUUGACAGUGGCUCCCUGGCGCCUGCAAAUUAUAUACAAUAUCCCAGAAAUCGAUUUUAUUUUUUUGAGAGUGAGCGAGUUUGAAUGUGAAAGAGAGAGAGAGCGAGUUUGAGCGAGAGAGAGAGUGCGCCAUGGCAGAAUGUUCCCAAAAAAGAAAAUAUAAAACGUGCCUCACCCCAGACUAAAGUUUACCCCUGCCUAAUAGGGGUAAAAAAUAAUGACAGUGUUGCUCACUGCACUGUUUGCAACAGUAACUUUUCUAUUGCCCAUGGUGGGUUAAAUCACUGUUGAGGUGAGUUUAACAGGUGUCAUUCGUUUAUUAGCAUAGCUAAUGCUAUUUAAACCUGCUGGCUAACUAAGGAGGUAAUCUAUUGUAGACCUCCCACCUCUCCUGGAAGUUCUGGGAGUCUCCUGCAAAUUGACGGUGUUACCUCCCUGAAAUGAGUUUUUGCAGGGUGGGAUGUCUGCUAACCCUAACCCAUACACCUUUGGACUGUGGGUUGAAAUUGGACCACCUGAAGGAAACCAACGUGGUCAUGGGGAGAACAUACAAACUCCUUACAGAUAGAAGCAAGAAUGAAUCCAGCUCACAGGCACUGUUGUAGUGUUAUGCUAACCUCAAUACUAAAACUGUAAACCCAUCUGGCUUAGCUGUGGUCUAGUCUACGGAUCCCAGCACAGGUUGAAGAAAGAGAUGCAGAUUGUCCCACAACAGACUGGAUUGCUCAGGAAGAAAUAAUCCCAAAACUAUAUAGCACAUUUAAAGUUGUAAAAAAACCUAGAAAAUUCACAAGAACAACACUUUUCACAAGUUAUUUAUAUGUGACUAUCAGUUUGGAGAAGAUGUUAAGUAUUAACGAGUGAGGAAAAGGCAGAAAGUCAGGAUAGGAAACUCCCAAACAUUUCUCAGAAAGGCAGCACAGGAACAUUUACUUCACAGCUUCCAGGGUAUGGCACUGCCUGGACGGGGUCUGCAUGUUCCCCCUGUGAUAACAUACAUUUCUGAUCUGGCCAUUGGUAACGAUUGCAGUUACUCAAAAAAGGCUUGGAACAUGGACUGUUCGACAUAGCCAACGAAACGCAUGAAGGGUUAGGUAUUACCAGGGAUGGUUUGGAAAAUGGACUAAAUAGCCAUUGAAACACAAGGAGAGUUGGGGAGCGUUAUCAGGGAAAGCUUGGAACAUGGACUGUAACAUUUUGUGUGUGUUACUCCAGUAGAAGUGGUAGAGGCAGGUUCAGUAUUGUCACUUAAAGCAAAAUUGGAUAGGUUUAUGGACAGGAAAGGAAUGGAGGGUCAUGGGCUGAGCGCGGGUCAAUGGGAUUAGGUGAGAGUAAGCGUUCGGCACGAACUAGAAGGGCCGAGAUGGCCUGUUUCCGUGCUGUAAUUGUGAUAUGGUUAUAUUCCCCACCCACUGUUCCACAUAACUGUUGAGUAAUGCUUGCAAAACCAAAUCAUUACAAAUGCUCCCAUGCAAAAAAGUACAAAUUGUUGAACACUUAAGUGUUUAAAUGUCUUUAAUUACAAUGCAGCAGUAGCAUAGCAGAUACACACAGAGACUUUUUUGUCAGUUCCUCCUAAGACUGCAAACUCUACCUUCCAGUGUGAGAAGGGCACCAGGCAAAUGGAAAUUGCACCACUUGCAAGUUCUUGCUGAAACUGCACACUUUCUGACUGCAAAACAGCACUCAGUCUGGAUCUGAAUCCAAUAACACUCCAGUAAUAUUAAAUAUGAAAGAUUAGCAUAAUUUGUCAAACAUAUAUUGAAACAUACAGUGAAAUGUGUCAUUUGCAUCAACAACCAACACAGUCCAAAGAUGUGCUGGGGGCAACUGACAAGUGUUGCUAUGCAUCCAUUGCCAACAUAGCAUGUCAACUUACUAACCCUAACAUGUAUGUCUUUGGACUGUGGGAGAAAACCAGAGCACCUGGAGGAAACCCAUAUGGUCAUGGAGAGAAUGUACACCUUAGAGGCAGUGAUGGAUAUUGAAUCCCUAAUCACUGGUACUACAAAACGUUACACUAUUCUACUCUGCUGCAAAGCAUAGUUAUCAAAGCUCUUUCUAAACUCCUGUGAUCUCCUCCAGCCCUGCAUCUCUGUGCUCCUCCAAUUCUGGCUUCUUGUUCAUUCUGAAUUUAAUCACUCUUGGCAUUGUGUCUUCAGCAGCCUAGGAGCCUAUCUCCAGGAAUUCUUCCCUAAACCUCUCCACCAUCCCUUUAACCAAGCCUUUCAUCAACUCCCUUACAUCUCCGAUGGACCUCUGUCAUAUUUUGCCUUCUAGUGCUCCUGCAUACGAAGAUUUUAGACCAUAUGAUAUAGGAGCAGAAAUAGGCCAUCCAUCCCAUCGAGUCAGUGCCGCCAUUCCAUCAGUACUGAUUUGUUAGCCCUCUCAACCCCAUUCUCUUGCCUUCUUUCUGUAACCUUUGAUGCCCUGACUGAUCAAGAAUCUAUCAAACUCAGCUUUAAAUAUAUUCAAUGACUUGGUCUCCACUGCCAUCUGCAAUGAUAAAUGUAUAUAAAUAUUGCUGUAUUUGUUCAACUCAGAUUUUCUCACAGAAACCUCAGAUUUGGUUAAUCCCAAUGCUGGCUUUUUAAGACACAACAAUACCAACAGAAAUCUGAGUUGAGUUCAAUAGGAAUGCAAAUCUAACAAAGAAGAUUAAUGAAAUAUUUUAUGAUUUGAUUUAUAAACCAGUUGAUGAAAAUUUGAUAGAACUUUAUUUGAGAUGGUCAUGAGAAUGUAUACAUGUCUAUUUUACUGUACUGAAGUUUCAUUACUGUUUGUUAAAUUUUUAUUAAUAAACAAUAUUUUAUCAAAUUGUAUUUGUGAUUUUAUGUUCACACGUCCCCACUCCUGUCUUCUUUCCAUGAGUCCCUGAUCUCAGUCAUUCUCCUGAAUCUGAAACAAUGGCAGAUUAUUCAGCUUGAGGUCCGUCACUUUUCAACGAGUCUGCAGGUCGUGGAAGUUCAGCCCAAGCCCAUACUGACCACAUGGUUAGUCCCAAUUUCCUGUGUUCCGCCCUAUCCCUCCACGUCCAGCCCAAGUGUUUCUGGGUAUGGCACACCACGGUGCAUUACAGGCCAUUCAGCCACCAUGUUUGCCAACCUUCUAACCCACUCUGACCUCGAACCCUCCCUCCUACGUAGCCCUCCCUUUUUCUAACAUCCAUAUGGCUAUCUAAGAGUUCCUUAAAUCACAAACGAACAUGAGAAGAUUUGCAGAUGCUGGAAAUCCAAAGCAACACACACAAUAUGCUGGAGGAACUUGGAUGUUAGUGGUGAGCACGUGGAACACACUGACGGGGGAGGUGGUAGGGGCAGAGAGUUUUUGGACAUUCAAGAGACUCACACAACAUGCUAGAGGAACUCAGCAGGUCAGGCAGAUCCAUGGAAAAGAAUAAAUAGUCGACAUUUUGGGCUGAGACCCUUCAGGACUGAGAAGGAAGAGGGGAGAUGCCUGAAUUAAAAGGUGGAUCCACUCUCCUCUCCUAUCAGAUUCUUUCUUCUCCAACUUUUGACCUUUCUUACCCACCUGGCUUCACCUGUCACCUUCCAGCUAGCCUCUUUCUCCUCCCUCGCCUUUUAAUUCAGAACUCUCCCCAUUUCCCUCUCAGUCCUGAAGAAGGAUUUCAGCCAAAAAUUUUGACUGUUCAUUCUUUUCCAUAGACGUUGCCUGAUCUGCUGAGUUCCUCCAACAUUUUGUGUGGGUGUCUUGAAUGUCCUUAAUGUACCUGCCUCUAUCACCACCCUGGCCAUGUGUUCCACACACUCACCACUCUGAAAAAAACUUACCACUGACAUCCCCCCUAUACUUCCCUCCAAUCACCUCAAAAAUAUAUCCCCUUGGCAUUAGAUAUUCCUGCCCUGGGUAAAAGUCUCUGGCUGUUCACUCGACGCCUCUUGUCUUCUGGAACACCUCUCACGUCAUCUGCCAUUCUCGUUUGCUCCAAAGGGAAAAGUCCUUCAUUGCUCAACUGUUCAAUUAAUGAUCCUAUUGUACCUGCCUCAGCUAAUUCUUCUGGCAGAUUGUUCCAAAAGAAAUGAUUACUCCCUGCUCUGUGUAGUGCAUGGUCUCACAGGCAACUCAGCCUGUGGGUUGUGGGCACAUUGCCAGCACCCAAUUCGGCCAUUUCACCUGGUGGCAUGGGAAUGUUGGGAAAGGAGAACAGGGAAAAUACUGCAAGUAUAGCAAGCUGGGUACAGGGUGAGGAUGAAGGCCAUGGAAGAAAGAAGAGGGAGGAGCACGAGAGGGAGGUGCUGGGCAGGCAAGGAGAUAAGGUGAGAGAGGGAAAAGUGGGUGGGGAAUGGUGAAGGGGAAGGGUACCAUUACUGGAAAUUCAUGAAAACAAUGUUCAUGCCAUCAGGUUGGAGGGAUCCCAGAUGGACUAUAAGGU